AUGGCCGGAACUCUUUCCCACGCUGUCCAGGCUCACAAUGCCUCCCAGCAGCUUCCCGCGGCCUUCAAGGUCUACGACUCGCGGUUCCUGGACAUCACCGGCCCGACGCCCAAGCUCGAAGCCCUGCUGAAGAACGAUGACUUCCCCUUCGCCCACGAAGCCAGCGUCUACAUCCCCUCCAAGGACGAACUCUUCCUGACCAGUAACAUCUUCACCGACCCGGCCACCAACCAAUCCACCAUCAAAAUCUCCAAGGUCGCCGUGGACGCCCACCCCGUCACCUCGGAGAUCGUGAACUCCACCGUCCCCUUCGCCAAUGGUGGCGUCAACCACGGCGACGGCAUCCUCUUCUGCGGCCAGGGCACCAUGAACCAGACCGGCGGUCUGUUCCAGAUGUCCAUCGACCCGCCCUACACCUCCCACCUGCUCGUCGGCGACGUCUACGGCCGCCAAUUCAACUCCCCCAAUGAUGUCGUCGUCCACUCCGACGGCUCCUUCUGGUUCACCGAUCCCUCCUACGCCUAUAUCCAGGGCAUCAGGCCGAAGCCGCAACUCCCCGACCAGGUCUAUCGCUUCGACCCGGCCACAGGGGACGUGCGCGUCGUGGCCGACGACCUCGGAAAACCCAAUGGUAUCGCCUUCUCGGCGGACGAGAAAACCGUGUAUAUCACCGACACGGCGGCCACGAUCGGUAACGGUAGCACCGACGAUACUAAGCCGUCCACGAUGUAUGCACAUCCCUUCCCUUGCUCUGUCCAUAGACCGAUUAACAACUCAUUGAAAAUGGUCACAAUACUAACGAACACAACCCAAAAAAGCUACGCAUACGACGUGACCACCUCCCACAACGAGCCUUUCCUCGCGAACCGUCGCGUGUUCGCCAUAGCCCACACCGGCGUCCCCGACGGCAUCAAGGUUGACACGAACGGCAACGUGUACGCGGGCUGCGGCGACGGCAUUAACGUCUGGUCCGCGGGCGGUGUUCUGCUGGGCAAGAUCCUGAUCAAGGAUGGGGCGGCGAAUUUCUCGUUCGGUCGCGACGGUCGCUUGUUCAUUCUCAAUGAGAACACCCUCUGGGCGGCGCAGUUGGGGAAGGACGUCAAGGGGGCUUUGUUGGGGAUUUAA